AUGUCUGAAGACUGCUUUACCGAGCUUUUUCAGGUAACAGCCUAUGGAUCUCUGUACGCUAUGACCUUACUUUGCAUUAUAUUGGGAAGUGUGCGUUCAUUAAACUUUGUAAAAAAUCAGAUUAGAAGGAAGAAGCAAAUUGAAUCGUCAAUAACCAUGAAGGAAGCCAAAAAGUUUCCAAUAACAGCGUCAAUAGUCCUUUUUGGGUUAUACAUAUUCUUCAAAUGUGAUGCUGACUGUAGACAGAAAUCUCUUGAUUGGGUCAAACAGUAUGCACCUCCAAAAUUGGCUCAGCGGUUGGAGAAUUUAAUCUUAUUUACCAACAGUACUGAUAUUCCGCCUGUCUCAUCAGUUGAAACUUCUGGCUUUAAUAUUCGCAAAAUCCUCGGAUACCUGCCAGCUCUUAAUAAACAGAAUAUAAUGUAUGGUUUGCUAAUUCUGUUAUGUUGGGAAGGCUGUAUAGCCCUUGGAUGUAUUUUGAAACCUAUAUUUGCAUUUGUCUUGAGAAAGCUCCCAAUAGGAGACCGAGAGCCAAAACUAAAUCGCCCUUAUCUAUUUUCUUUGAAAGUUGGCAAGCGUGAGAUGGAAGAAGGGGACAUUGAGAACGCAUCUUCAAAAGAUUCAAGCUACUUAAUGAAGUUAGAGUGGGAUACUCAUGAAACUGUGUCUUGCUUAGCAUGUUUAAGCGUCGGUAUUUCGCAUGUGCUGAAGCGUCACUGGAUAACCAAUGAUCUUAUCGGCGUUGCUUUCUCUAUUUACGGGAUUGAGAACCUUCACCUUGCAAGCUUCAAGGCUGGAACGGCUCUUUUGGCUGGCCUCUUCAUAUAUGAUGUCUUUUGGGUAUUUGCAACUGACGUUAUGACUACCGUCGCUCGUGGCAUUGAUGCACCGAUACUUCUACAGUUUCCACAAGAUAUUUACCGAGCUGGUUGGGCAGCUGAUAAAUAUGCAAUGCUUGGGUUGGGUGACAUCGUUAUUCCUGGCAUAUUUAUCGCAUUGCUCCGUCGGUUUGACCACCGAAUAGUGUCAAAGAAUGGCACUGGAAAAUCACGAUAUUACUUUUUAGCAACAGUGUUCGCAUAUGCUUUAGGCUUGUCGAUAACCAUGAUUGUGAUGCAUAUCUUCAAGGCCGCGCAACCUGCAUUGUUGUAUUUGGUUCCAGCAUGUCUGCUUAUUCCCUUAGCAUUAGCAGCAGCUCGUGGAGAAGCUUUAGAGCUGUGGAACUAUUGCGAAGAACAUUUAGUUGAUAGUGAAAAGAAAAAUAAAUGA